AUGGAAGAAUGGGCUCAUCUCCCACUGCGAGACUGGCCGGACAUGGAGCGCUGGUUCGCCGCGAUGUCUGACCAGUUCGUCAUUGAGCAAACCCAGCAUGCCCCGGGCGCGUCACCCGGAGAGCCAAUUGGAGGGGGGUUUGCAAUGCCAAUCUCUCCCAGUCCUCGCGGGAGUACGCAUAGUCCAAGAGGAGAGAUGGAAGCAAAUGAACCGUCGGCUGCAUAUACCUGGCCGGUGCAAGGCGAUCCCUCCAUGGGGAGUCCGUACGGGACCCACCUCCACCCCCAGGCGAUAAUAUCGUCUCCCGUGUACCCACGAGGUCCAGCCACUGGGGGUUCCGACGGAGUGGCGUCUCCGGUGGGAGCUAUGGCCGAGUAUGCUUCUGGCAAUGUGGGAAUAGUAGCAAAUGAGAGCGGCCAAGGCAGGCCUACCGAGGGCGGGCUGUCAAACAGAGCGGAGGAGCUAUCGAGAAGUAAACCUAGCCUGUACUUUUAA